UACUGGCAGUGAAUUUACGAACACAGCCUAAAUCGCGGGCAUGUCCGCUCUCACGCUUCUCAGGCUCUCAGGUUCUGCUUCAAGCAGAAGAAUUAAAAAAUGGCUACUUGGAUGAAAGUUGCUCGCACUUUUUCCAGAAAAUAUGCGUCUGGUCCUGACGCGCAUGUCAGUUCAGAGCAGACGCAACUUUUGUGGAAGAGGCUUUCAUUCUUCGUAGGCUUCCCAGCAAUUGGCCUGGCUAUGGUUAAUUGUUAUUUGAAUCAUCAAGCUCAUCAUGGUGAUGAACGUCCAGAAUUCGUUGCUUAUGAACAUAUGAGGAUAAGAACAAAGAAAUUCCCAUGGGGAGAUGGUAAUCACAGUCUUUUCCAUAAUCCUAAAACAAAUGCUUUACCUGAGGGUUAUGAAGAUUAAACAGUAAUCCUACUUAGAUUAUCAAAUGAUCAUAUUGAGCAUUAGCAUUCUUUAUAAUCUUUGUUGUAUAUUGUAUUGACUUAUGAACAAAUGAGUCAAUAAAUUGAUAGAGACAUGCUA